AUGGUCCACUUCCACUUCCGCCUCGCAACCGCGGCCGACGCCCCGCGCCUGCGCGACCUGAUUGAAUCCGCCUUCCGCGCCGCCGACACCCGCGCCGACUGGACCGGCGACCUGGCCCUGGGGGCGCGCUUCCACGUCCAGCUGGACGACAUCCUCGCUCGCAUCGCCAACCCGGACGGUGCCUUCCUCGUCGCCACCACCACCACCACUGAACCCCAAGACGGAGACCAAAAAGACGAGGGGGAGGAGGUAGUCGCCUGCGUCAACAUCUUCAAGAAACAGCUCCCCGAUCGGGACGCCGUCGCCCGCCUGGCGCUUUUGGCCGUCGAUCAACGCCAUCAGCAGAGCGGGCUCGGGCGGCGCGUCGUGGUCCAGGCGGAGAAACUAUGCCGGGAGAUGUGGGGGGUGAAGAGGACCGCGUUGAAUGCGCUGGAUACGCGCGUUGCGUUGAUCCGGUGGUAUGAGCGCUGUGGGUAUGUAAGGACUGGGGAGGUGACGGUUUUUCCGCUUCCGCCGGAUGAGUUGAGGUUUGUGGAGUUUGAAAAGGAGUUGGGGGUGGAAGUGGUUGUUCAAUGA